AUUUGGAAUUGAAUUAUCUGAGCGGAAAACACAUAAAAUGGGCAGCAAGAACAUAACAGACAAAGCCUUAAAUAUUCUACGUAUCCUGCCACGUGUUUCCUUGGCUAAUAUCCGAGAUAACCCCGGUUCAAAAAAAUGCCAAAAACGUGGACGAGGGCAACACGGUGGUGACAAACAUGGUUCAGGCAAUAAAGGGUCCGGUCAGCGUCAAAACUACAUGCGUCUGGGUUAUGAAACUGGAAACAAUCCAUUCUACCUUAGAUUUCCACAAGAACCAUACUACAAAGGCCAUCAUUUAAGGAGACAAUAUCCACCUCUAAGUCUAGAAAAACUUCAAUUGUUAAUUGAUACAAACCGAAUUGACACCACAAAACCAAUUGAUCUAGUCUCACUAAUAAACACAGGCUUAUACAAGAUGAAUCCAGAUGAGAAACACUUUGGUGUCAACCUCACUGAUGAGGGUGCAGAUCAGUUCAAGUCAAAGAUCAACAUUGAGGUGCAAUGGGCCACAGAUUUAGUAAUUGCAGCUGUAGAGAAAGCCGGUGGGACUAUCACAACCGCUUAUUAUGAUCCACAUAGCCUACAGGCAAUGUGCAACACCAAACAUUUCUUCCAAAGAGGAACACCAAUCCCGAAAAGGAUGAUACCACCGCCAGAUGCAAUUGAAUAUUACACAGAUGCAUCAAAGCGUGGAUAUCUAGCUGAUCCCGAGAAAGUCUCGAAGGAAAGAUUCGCGUUAGCACAAAAGUACGGUUAUGUUUUGCCCCGGAUCGAGGACGAUAAGGAUUAUGACAUGUUAUGCACAAGGAAGGACCCGCGUCAGAUAUUCUUCGGUUUGAAUCCCGGCUGGGUUGUAAAUCUACGGGAUAAAGUCAUUCUUAAACCAAAAGACGAUGAAGUCUUAGCAUAUUAUAAUUCGUAGUUGGUAUUCGUAUUGAAAUCAUGUAGAAAAUGCAUCAUUAAAAUGUAAUAAAUAAGUUACUUCGA